AAUGAUACAGAUUGCACAAGUAACAUUCAUUUGUUGAGUUCCGUUGAGAUUAUUAAGAUGACAAAAACGGGAAAUGCAAUGUUGUUUUUUAUAUAUUUGGGGUGUGCAUGCCGUUGGUUGCAACAGAAGACUCUUGUAUAAGGGAAAUUGAACAGUUGAUAGAGAUAAUGGCGUCUCAGAGCAAAUUGAUAGAGGAUAUACAGAAACAAACAACUGACGAAUUUAGAAGGCAGCAAGUGAUCAUUGACGAUCAUGCAAAGAGAGUCGAUAUUAUCCAUUCGGAAUUAAAUAGCCAAGGCUGGAACAUUUCGACAAAGCCCAAACGCCAAGAAUCACCACAGCCAGUCGUUGCAUUUACCACUGUCAAAACGAAUAACCAGGACAAUGUCGGCGUCAACCAGAAUAUAUUGUUUGACACAAUAGUAUUGAACGAAGGCGGAGGUUUUCAUUCACAACACGGUUUGUUCAUUGCCCCAGCAAGAGGAAUCUAUAUUUUCACAGCCACCGUUCUUCAUAUGCCUCAAGCCAGCAUAAGCCUUCAUGCUGCGAUUACACACAAUGGUCAAGAUGUUGCUCUUUUGCACUCGUCAGCAAACGUAUUUGAUCAAGGAACACAAACCGUUAUUCUGAAAAUCGAGCCAGGAGAUGAAGUUUGGGUCAGAAAUGUACACUAUGGAGGCGAAUUAAUAACUGGUGCCAAAUUUUCAAGCUUUUCGGGAAUUCUUAUCAACCAUCUAUAAAUGUACUUUAAAUAUGAAUGUUACAAUACCAUUGUGCUAGCUGUGUAUUUUUAAGAAGUUUAUUGAUGAUAUAUUUUUAACAUUUAUAUACAUUAGCACCAGUGAAGCAUAAAUACAUUCCAUACUUG